AUGCAUUUUCUGCGAGUUUUGCACGUUCUUUUAUUUUUUAUAGAGAAAACAGCGGCUGGCCCACCGAGCGACAUCAAAUGGGACAUCUCACACUGCGUCGACGAAGUCAUCAGCCCAGGAGUCGGCGAGGAGCAACACUCAAAAGUGAUUGUUUCCCGCUACUACCCCUCGCCCAUGGGAAACAAUUGGGAGUGCGAGUACAAGAUCCAAAAUCCAGACACCCAAAUGAAGAUCAUGGUUGAGUUCUUAUUUUUUGACCUUGCACGAUGCGAUUUGCAGAAUGUUACGAUUGUUGACUGGAAAACUAAAAAUGCGGUUGGUCCAUUGUGUGGAACUGACACACCGCAGCGUUAUCUCUCGGAGUCCAGUCGGAUCCACAUUUUCGUCAAGUCCGGUCAAAUUCCAGAUGGCGUCCGCCACAUUGGAUUCAUGCUCAAGGUGACAAGAACGCCUCCAGGAUUUGAGGAGGAGUUUCAAAGAUUACUGAGGCAAGAAUCAGGACAGCCAGAAUAUCCUGAUUAUAUGGCAGGGUUAGGAAGGCCUUUGGGUCGUCUUCAAAAUCCGAUGCCGGGAAUGCGAAUGCCUGGAAUGGGAAAUGGUAUGGUCGCUCCCUUUCCGGGUAUGAUGGGAAUGAUGCCGAAUAUGAACUUAGGACGCCCAAAUCUGCCAAUGGGAAACAUGCGAAAUAUGAACAUGGGUUUUCGUCCUCGACAGCAAGUUCCCUCAUCCCUUCCCAAAUCACCGUUGAUUCCAACAGCUUCGAGAAACCCAGGCUAUUCUGAUGGACCGCCGCAUUUAUCUGCGGCUUAUGGCCCAGAACGUCCAUCUAUGAACGCUCCUACUUCUUUUUCAAAUGCCGCUGUAGAGGCAAUAAGCAGACGAAAUCAAGGAUCUACAGCUGAUUUGCCUGAGCCUGUCAUAACAAAGCGGCCCCAAAUGAAUGGUCGCAUGCGCAACGGUCAACAACGCCAGCAAAAGGGAAGACCGCGAGGACAGAACGGGAGACAACAACGACCAAUGCCUGUGACUCCGCAGAGGGGCAUGCUUAUUCCACCGCCAAUUAGAAUGAAAUCGAACAAUCAACAACAGAUAGAGGCGACACCUCAGAUCCCGGAUUUUGCUAUUCCGCCGACGAAAGCAACUAGAAUAGAGCCCGCUGAAGAGGGACUCAGCUCGGAGAUCAUCUCACUUGUUUGCGUUGGCAUCGUGCUCAUAUCCAUCAUAGCUGUCGCAAUAACUUGCAAACUACGUGCCGUAGAGCGAAAAAAGAAAGAAGAAUAUAAAACCCGUGAAAAAGUAACAGCCGCGCGCAACUACGAAAAGAAUAAAAACAAGACGAACAAGUUCAAGAACUGA